CAAUUCUAAUGCUAAAUACUUCACUCUAAAACAAGUAUUACAUCAUGGUGGAACUUCUUCCUCAACAAAGAACCUUUUUAGAAAGCUCGAAAUAGAUCCCCAAAAUCAACAAUCUAUAUUUACCCAAUUUUCUUUUAGUGCUAGUUUAGGUGAUAAUUAUCAUGUAGUUAACUAUAUAGAUAACCCUUUAGAUUCAAUCGGUGUACAAACCGUUCAAAAUAAAAUUCCAAAUUAUAAUGAUAAAGACUCCGUAUUAAGUUUAGCUAAAAUGAGUUAUGACGCAUAUAUUGAGUUAUCAAAAGAAGCUGAAUGGAUUGAUUUAGAUGAAAACUGGGAGAAACUACCAUUUGGCUGGGAAGAUGUAGGUUUGAGAGGUUACAUAUUUGCUGAUCCUGAUAAUUCCACAAUUAUAAUAGCAUUCAAAGGAACUAGUUUAUAUCUUGUCAAUGGUGGUGGCCCGACUGCUCAUAAGGAUAAGCUUAAUGAUAACCUUAUGUUCUCAUGCUGUUGUGCAAAAAUUGAUUUCACUUGGAGAGGCGUAUGUGGGUGUCGUAUGGAUAAGAUGAAAUGUAAUAGUACUUGUAUCAAAACUGAAUCUAAUGCUAAGGAUAGUUAUUAUAAUACUGCAUUGGAAAUUUAUAAACAAGCAAAAAUCGAUUAUCCAAAUUCAAACAUUUGGCUUACAGGACAUUCAUUAGGUUUCAUUUCACUUUUAUAUUUCAGCGGUUCAAUAGCUUCAUUAAUAGCACUAGCUUACAACCACACAGCGGUUGCAUUCCAAACUCCUGGUGAACUCCUUUACGCAAAACGAAUUGGCCUUCUUCCUCCUUAUAACUCUAAAUCUGAAUUAAUCAAUUAUUUGAAAGGAUUGCCAAUUUACCAUUUUGGCCAUAAUGCUGAUCCAGUAUACAUUGGUACCUGUAAUGGUAGAACUUCAACAUGUUAUCAUGGAGGAUUCGCCAUGGAAACAAAAUGCCAUAUAGGCAAUACUUGCACAUAUGAUACUCGUGGUAAACUCGGUUGGAAACCCUCGAUUUGGAAGCAUGCUAUGUUACCAUUCAUGGAGAAAGUCAUUAAUGAAUGGCCAAGCAUUACGAAAGGAAAGGAAAAUAUUGCAAAAUGUGAAGUUGAAAGAGAAUGCAAUGAUUGUGAAGGAUGGAAUUUUAUAUAG